AGCGUAGGGGAGGGGACGCGCAGAGGGGAGGGGAGCCCCGCCGCCUCCCUCCGCUCGCGGACUCGCUCCCUCCCGGGCUGCGGCUGCUGCAGCGGGGCGGCGGUGGCGGCAGCCGCGGGAGCAGUCUGGAGGCCGGCGUCGAGAGGCAGCCCAACGCUGGCCCUAAGACAGGAGCAUAUCCGUCUCCAGCUGCAGUGACGGGCGCCACGGCUUUCCUCCUCACCACACCUGUCUCCUCCUCUUUCAGGAUUCUGCUGUCUCCGCUGCUCCAGCCGCUCCAUCGAGGUCCUCUCGCCUGUCCCCUCUCCCCUCUCAAGAUGGCAGCCAGCGGUUCUGAGGGCUCGGAGGUGAAGGGGGUAGAAGAGGGUCCCCAAACCCAAGGAGAAGGGCCUGGCCAUUCUGAAGGCAAAACUGGCCCUCUCCAGGCCCCAGCUGGGGUCCCAGAUGAGCCAGAGGCCCUGCAGCCAGGCCCAGACAUCGCAGGGGCCCCUGUGGACUCAGAAGCCAAAGCUGGGCUGGCUCCAGCAACCACAGAGACCCCAGCUGGGGCCCCAGAAACAGCCCAGGCCAAAGACCUCAGCUCGAGUCCAGGAGGGGAGCCAGAUGCCAACCCCAGCCCCGAAGAAGCAUGCCAAGAGCCAGCACCCAAACCGUUAGAAGAGAAUAAAGAGGUCACUGCAGACCAGGGGUCCGAUCUGGGGUCCGGAGCCCCACCUGAGCCAGCCUCGGAGCCUGCUCCCCAGUCGGACCCGCAGUCAGACCUUCAGCCAGACUGCCAGCCAGGUUCCCAGCCCACCCCCAAGUCAGCUCUUCAGCCAGAGCCCCCUACCCAGGAGGACCCCACCCCUGAGGUCCUGACUGAGAACGCGGGGGAAAAGCAGGAGAACGGGGCAGUGGUUCCCCUGCAGGCUGGUGGUGGGGAAGAGGGCCCAGCCCCGCAGCCUCACUCGCCACCCUCCACCAAAACCCAUCCAGCCAACGGGGCUCCUCCCCGAGUGCUACAGCAGUUGGUGGAGGAGGACCGACUAGGAAGGGCUCACAGUGGGCAUCCCGGAUCUCCCCGAGGUAGCCUGAGCCGCCACCCCAGCUCCCAGCUGGCAGGGUCUGGGGUGGAGGGGGGCGAAGGCACCCAGAAACCUCGGGACUACAUCAUCCUCGCCAUCUUGUCCUGCUUCUGCCCCAUGUGGCCUGUCAACAUCGUGGCCUUCGCUUAUGCUGUUAUGUCCCGGAACAGCCUGCAGCAGGGGGACGUGGAUGGGGCCCAGCGUCUGGGCCGCGUGGCCAAGCUCUUAAGCAUCGUGGCGCUGGUAGGGGGGGUCCUCAUCAUCAUCGCCUCCUGCGUCAUCAACUUGGGCGUGUAUAAGUGAGGGGCUCUGCCCGCAUUCCAAGACUUUUCUUCCUGUUGGGAGCUGCCUUGGGCCCAUCCUCCCCUGGGGGGAGCCCAAUGGAUGGCCCAGGCCCGCACCCAUAGGGACCAAGAGAGCCUGAGCGGCCUUGUUUACAGCUUCUUUCCUGCUCCUGCAUCCUGCCAGGCUCCUGUGCCAACCGUAGGCCUCUCUUCUCCCUGCACUG